AUGGCCUCCAACGACGUCGGUGAGCUCAAGAUUGAGUCAACCAACAUCAAGACCGCCCCUGGCGUCUCCCUCGACUCCCACCAACAGACCCUCGUUGGCUCCGUCCUCGACCUCUUCGCUGGCCGCCCAUCCCUCGCCAAGCUGGCGCUAUGGAAGGAUGAUGCCGUCUUCACCGACCCGCUAACCAUCGCCGAGGGCCGUAAGCAGUACUCGGCGCAGUGGUACGGUCUACAGACUGCGUUCAGCGAGAUCGAGCGACUAGGCCAUGAGGUGAAGAGCAACGGUAACCCGAUCACGAUGGAUUUGGAUACGCGGUAUGUUAUCAAGGGAAUUGGAAAGGAGCAGAAGAUCCACAGCUUGGUGGAGAUCUACCACGAGGGUGGGAAGAUUACGAAGGUGGCUGAUAAGUGGGACGGCAAGCUGCCCGACAGCACCAUCAGCAAUGCUUUCCGUCACCUCAACUCCGUCACUGUGCCCCAGAUGGUCAGCGUGCCAAAGAACGCCGAGGAGGAUGCCAAGAAGGGCAACCAAUAG